AAUGUUUGGGACAUACGGAAGAGCCGGCAGUUUGUCACUAGCGACGCAAAGUAUCCCACAGUUUGCUUUGCAUGUCCAAGUGGCUGGAGCGUGCCUAUCGAGCACGAGCACGAGUAAAGCCACCUGGAGGCGGAAUGGCUGACGACGACCUGCGUGUCCCACUGAAUAGCGGUGCUGACGACCCAGAAUGUGCUUCGGGCGUCUGAGCUAUGCCCCCGCCGGCAGCUCGUCGCCGCCAGCUGGAAGCUAGCACUGCGGACGUGGAAGCAGCUUUGCCAUCAGGCGAAGCUACCGACAAGCGUAGCAUUGCGGCAUCCGUGGCAGCGCUGCUGCUGGCCCUGCCGGCUCUUGUGGGAAGCUGAUGUUGGCCUUUGCUCCUGGCCGGAUUCAUGGGAAUCACCGCUACGGCAGGAGCAAAGGCCUUCUCCCACACCUUCUCCCUCGCCCUCACCCUCGCCAUCCUCACCAACCUGGCACAAUACACCGCAUGGAAGGGCGCCGCGCGCAGCGGCACCCCCUGGCGCCGCUUCGGCCCCUCCUGGCUGCUGCUGGCCGCCACUCCGCUGCUGUGCGCCGACCUGGUGCGCCACUGCCUGCAGGACGCCGGCAUCUGGGACGGCCCCUCCAGCCGCAUGUACCGCCCCGGCUGCGCGCCCGUGACGGGGCUGCACGGCUUCGCCUGCCUGUCGGUCACCGGCUGGCUGUUCAGCAUCGCAGCCACCUACAGCGGCUUCGCACUCAUGGUGACAGCUGUCCUGUGGAGCUCCAACCUGGUGCCCAAGCUGCGGGCGGCCUGGCGGGACGUGCAGCGCAGCAGCAGCAGCAGCUAGCUAGCUAGGAGGAUGGUGGUGGUGGUGCUGAUGAGGCGGGCUGCAAGGGAAACUGCGGACUGCCGCCGCUGCCGCGAUUAGUGGUGUCUUUGCUGGCGCGGGCUGCGGCCUUGGUUCGCGCCUGUGCGAUACCGGUGCUGGUGAUGCACGUGAAGGAACGACGGAGCUAACAUGAUGUGUGCGGGGGGCGUUGCCUGGCGGACGCGGCGGUGGUGGUGAUGGUGGUGGUUGGGCGUGUGCUUUCCUACGGUAGUGCCGGCGCGUGGUGUUCGUCAGGUGGCAUGUGACAAGGUGGUUGUGGUGGGGUGACGAUGACGGCAACGAGGUCUGCCCUGGGUCGUUUGGUGUAUCACGCAGUACAGUGCAGGCACUGCUGCUGCUGCUGCAUGCAUGCGAGAGGCAUGGCAACACGGGUCGGGCUGGAGGAGCAUGGGAGCUUUGGUGCUGCCCAUGCUCGCCGGGAUGUGCCAAUCCGCGAGAGUGACGCUGCUCGCCCAACCCUCAAAAAGGGAGCGAUGACAGCUGAUGAGAGCCAGUGUGCGCCACUGGGGGGUGCGGUUGAGGGCGAGGGAGAAGGACGCACCCCUCAGGGCGCUGGCUGCGAAAUGGUAUCCCGGGGCCUGACGCCGUGGUGGACGAUGCCAUGCUGCCACGCAACGUGGCUUGCAUGCAUGCAUGCAUGCAGCAGCAACAGCAGUAUCGAUAUCGGUGCAACAGCGGUUGGGAUUGAUUGUUGUGUUGAGUACGGUAUGUUCGUUGGCUGGGUGAAUGAUUGAAUGGAUGUGAAGGAUGUGUUUGCAGUACAGUACUCCUUAUGUCGGCUCUCUUCUUACUUCACGUUCUGGUGGUUUAGUUGACUUUCCUUGGAUUGUUUUGCAGGAGACGUGUCAACUGGGCCAGCCUGGGCUUCCUCAGGUGGGGUCUGUCGUCCCUUGUAACUGCUGUUUGCUGAG